AUGUUUUCAGGGUCAUGGGUGGAGCUGGAGAUGAAUGGAAACAACGGGAACCAGGCCCUGCUGCCAAACUCCACCACACCCUCUCCUGCCCCUGGGAACGGGAAUGAGGGGCAGAGUCAGGCCCCUCAGGCCCUGGAGGUGGUGCCAGAGGAGGUGGAGGAGAGUCUGACAGGGGUGCUGGAGCAUGUGCCCUCAUCCUCCUCUAUCCACAAUGGAGACAUGGAGAAGAUCCUGCUGGACGCCCAGCACGAGUCCAGCCAGAGCAGCUCCUCCUGCGACAGGUAGGAAGGGAGUGUCAUGUUUUUGGUGUACUCCCUGAACUCUGUCCUCAAUGUUGGGGUGUUUGUAUAAUUUGUGUGUUUAUUUCCUUCUGUGUUGCGCCUCAGUCCUCACCGACCUCCCAGUCCGGAUCAGGAUGACGGCCAAAUCACCUUUGAUGUGGAGAUGUCCAGUCGGAGAGGGAGUCAGGUACAACAACCUAGUCUGCCCUUAUGUCUCUCUUCCUCCAUCCAUGCCCCUGUCUACACUGUUACAGUAUAGGCCUACAGCACCUCUCUGUUCAUGUGUGCUCUCUCUCUCCCCCCAUCUGCAGUCAGAGGAGGAAGGCCCAGAGAAAGACAGAGAAGAUGAUAUCCUGAUGAACAAGGGUGCAGACUGGGUUGCAGAUUGGUCCAGUCGGCCCGAAAACGUUCCACCCAAGUAAGGAGACACACUGCAGACACUAACACAGGAGUGGGCAAACUACGAUCCGGCCUGCGAGCACAUUCAAUCCGGCCCGAGGGAGUUAUAAGUAAAAAUGUAGAAAUUAUAAUGGACCUAAUAUAUUUUUUUAAUAACUGCCCUUUUUCUUCCCCAGCAAAUUGAUUUUGUCAAACAAAUCUGUGUGGCCCUUUCAAAAUCCCAAUGUGGCCCUCGAGCCAAAAAGAUUUCACUCCCCUGCUCUAACACAAAAAAACUGCUAACCUAAAUCAUAGCAAAAAUAGACAACAUAGUAAAUUCCAUAUCUGCCCAGGCAGACGACGAAUGUGUAUAAUACAAAUGGUAAUUUUCUGUGGGAACCCAAUGCAAUUUGUUUAAAAAUGGUGAACAUGUUCAGUGAUGUAUUUUUUUUGUAGGGAGUUCCACUUCCGGCACCCCAGACGCUCAGUAUCCCUCAGCAUGAGAAAUAGUGGAGCCAUGAAGAAAGGGGGUGUCUUCUCUGCUGACUUCCUCAAAGUCUUCAUCCCUUCCUUACUCCUAUCUCACAUCCUUGCCCUCGGCAUCGGGUGA